AUGUUCUGUAUGCUUGCUCUUGAUAUACUUACAUCUGGGAAGAAGGCCAAGGAUGUACCUUUGACCGCUUCAGCACCCUCCUCUGAUCCACCUGCCUCCACCCCAGCUGUUUCCAGCCCUGCGGUCAUCAAGGUAGAGGAUGAAGACUCUGAAAACAGUCGGUUGGCGCUGGGAAAUGUUCGUAUUGGAGGUCAGAAAGCGGCCAAACGUAAACAAGCGGAGGAGUGUGCGAUUGAGAAGAUUGUCGGCAUGCAAAAAGAACUGGUCCAGAUCUCGCGUGAUAGGUUGGCUUCAAUGAAAUCGGCUUUACAAUCAACCUCAGACAACGCAAUCAUGUCUGCUAAUCUCAACACAAUGGAUGAUGAAAGUCGUGCAUACUACCAGAAGAAACGAAGAGCAAUUAUUGCUCGCGAGCUACAGUAA